GCCUGAGCAACGGUGUCGGCUUGCUGGCUUUGUCAGAUGGUGUCGCGUAUCCUUUAACAUCGCAUCAAUCGUCGUUAAACUGAUAUUGAAUCAAGAUGAGCGCUGGAAUGCCAGAGCUGGGCUCUAAGAUCAGCCUAAUAUCGAAGGCCGAUAUACGAUACGAGGGAAGGCUAUUCACCGUUGAUCCACAGGAGUGUACAAUCGCCCUUGCCAAUGUACGCUCUUUUGGGACGGAGGAUAGGGAGACACAGUUUCCUGUGGCACCGCAGAAUCAAGUGUACGAGUAUAUUUUGUUCAGGGGUUCGGAUAUCAAGGAUAUUCGGGUUGUCAAUAAUGUCAACACGCUACCCAAUGAUCCAGCUAUUGUGCAGAUGACGGUACAGCCGUCGAUGGGCCAACAAUCCUAUCAACCUCAGCCAGGCUAUGGGCACCCAAUGAUGCCCCAGAUGGGCCCAAUGGGUGGUCAGUACGGGGCGCCCUAUGGCAUGCCCAUGGCUGCAAUGGGCCCUGUAAUGGGAAUGCCAAAUGCCGCGAGGGAUCCCCGUGCACCCAUGAACAAACCGAAUAGUGAGUUGAGCUCCGGCCCUGCUGAACCAAGCAUCAUCAAUAUCCCAAAUUCUCUGCCGACGGCGAACGUCAAGCCGUUGACAAAAGAUCAAUCUCUGGAAGAUGGCGUCCUGGAGAUGCUGAGUGGAGCCUCCCGUUCGACGACUCCCACGUCGUCCCUGCUGAACCGAAAGAGUCCCACGAACGAUCAGGGCACUCAGGUUGGCCGCCAGCAGCAGCACCAACAGCCCCAGCAGAAUCAGCAGGCGCCUGUGGGCAAGGUCGGAGACAAACCCACCAACAGGAAUGUUCAACCACCCCAUCGAGAGCGUGACGCCCACUCGAAAGGUCGCAGUGGCAGUGGUAUGUCCCAGUACAGUGACACCAAGAGGGAUCAGAUGCGUGAGCCAUUGCAUCAGGAUGGACAGAUGCAGCACCAGGGACAGCGUAAUGUACAUAUUGGUCAGGGAGGUCCUCGUGGAAAUCGUGGUGGCUGGAUCCCACGUGGUAAUAUCCAACGUGGACGUGGCAGAGGCGGUCGUGGUGGUGUCUUCCGUUCUAAUCAAUCUGGACCUGGAAAUGCUGGGGUCAAGCCCAAGAAUACACUCAAGUUCGAUAAUGAUUAUGACUUUGAACAGGCGAAUACUGAGUUUGAGGAGUUGAGAUCUCGACUAGCAAAGACCAAGAUUGACGCAGGUGCUGAGAACGAGAAGAAAGACGACAGUGGUAACGAGACUGGUGCUGGUGAGAACGAGCAGGAGGAGGACUCGGACGUGGUGCACUACGACAAAUCGAAAUCGUUCUUCGACAAUAUCAGCUGCGAGGCAGUUGAGAGGAGUAAAGGAAGAUCUCAACGUACGGACUGGAGAACAGAGAGAAAACUCAACUCCGAGACAUUCGGUGUGUCAUCAACGAGACGUGGUGGCUUUCGUGGACGUGGAUACUAUCACAAUCGUGGCAUGUCUGGUGGCAUGUACCGUGGUAAUAAUCAUGGUAAUGGAGGACAAAUGGGUGGAUACCGCGGCAACUACAGGGGACAACGUGGUGGUAAUAAUGCUAAUCGUAAAACUGGACAAAAUCAGAGUAACAAUGCCGGCCAAAAUCGCAAUAGCAACGAACAGAAUUCCAAUCAGCCACAGCAGAACAGUCGUCUCAUAUCCGGUGCUGUAUAAAAUCAAUUGAUUAAUCAUCACCAAAAGAUACAAUCAUUCUCCCCUUACCCGUCAAAUAGUUUAGGUAAAAGAGAUGUGAAAGAGGAUUAUCGAUUUCAUGGUUUAAACUAAAAUCGACGAGAGACAAUUUAUAAGUAUUUACCUUAGAUUAAGAUUUUUACGAAUAUGUGCUUUCAUGUCAAAAACAAAAAAAAAAGGAUACAAAUUGAACAUAGAAUUUUUGAAGAUUGAGUCCCACUUUUGGACUGAUUAAUGAGAGUUUGGUUUAAGUGGGACUUGAAAAAUUAUGGAAUAUGUAUUUGAUCUUCGAUUGAUGGAGAUUCGAUGCGUGAAUGGUAAAUUCUUGAAUCGCGUAUUAUUGAGUUAUUAUUAUGCGAUUGAUUGGUAGUGUCAGGGGGGAAAAUCGACGGCCAUUUCAAGGAUUUAUUUCUAAAUGAUGGAUGAACAAAAGUUUAUGAGGUGUCAGGUUCAAGGGGUUUGGGGAAAUGAAAGAAAUAAUUAAAUUAGUUGAGGGAGUUAUGGAACUUGAGAGAAGUUUUCUGUGAAGCUUCGAUGGAACUGGCUGUAUUUUAAAUGUAAUAAUCAUGAGACAUAGAUUUGUAAAAAGGGUUUCAGGGAAUUGGUGAUGAGAAGCUAUUCGAAUCUGUUAAUUAGGCCUCAGUGUUUCUCCCUCUUCAUUUGCAUGACGAAAGUUUUGGAAUUGGCAUUAAAUUAAUUGAUAUAAAAAGAAAGGUGUACGAUGCUGGGUUUUUAAAGUGGAUUUCUGUGAGUUUCAAUCAUUGUGGGUGAUUAAAGUGAGGAGCUCCAUACGUUUCCCCUAUAUUCCAUGUGGACAAAAACUGAUAAUUAGUGUGAAAAAACUCCUGCCCCUAAACUUUUAAUGAUAAUGUGCAAAAAAGCAAUUACAACUAGUUAAAAUACUUUAAAGUCGACUUAUUUCGCAUGUUCAGACAAUUUUUUCACAUAAAAAAGAAGAAAUUACGCUAUUUACGAGUUUAAUAUAGAGAAAGUGAAUAAUUAUUAUUAUUCUGCACAUUUUUGAAAAAUGUUGGGGGAACAAAAAGCAUUUUUUCAAUUGUAUUAUAUUGAACAAUAAAAUAAUGAGUUUUUCAACACUAAUUAUUAGUUUUUGUCACUUCAAUAACUCAUUAUGUUUAAAGCUCUGUAGUUUCUCAUUAAUUAAAAAUAUGGCGAAGCUGUUUUGUAUCCGCACAGACGGAAGUCGAUGGAAUAGUUUAUUGCCAAGGGGAUGGGGAAAUACUGAGGCCAUAUAAAAUAAUAAAAAUGAUAUAAUUAACAUUGAAUACCACGGGUUUUAAGUAUCGUGGUAGAUGCGAAUAAACGACUAAUAUUUGGCCGUCGAAUUAACAAUAAUUAGAUUGAAGUGUAAAAAAGACGAAUUAUCCCGAACAAGUUUGAGUGAUAGCUUAUCAAUGUAAAAUGCCUCAUGGGUGGUAUAUAUAAUAUGUAAUAAAUGUGAAAUUACGAGAAAUUAAAUGGGGGGGAUGCGGAAUCUAAGAAUAAAAAAUUUGAAGAAAACAAGAAAAGAUAGAAAAUGGGAGAAAAAAAAAUACAGUGUAUCGUAAAAUAGUCAAUUUUUCGUGGGCGCUUGAUGGAUAAAAUGAAUGAAAUUAAUAAAAAUGAAUGAAAAUCGUUGCCGGAACGACGAAAUACCGAAACGAAUGAAUUUACGUAAUUAAAAUUGAUGAUAAAUCGGUACAAUUGUCACAUGAAUUAAUAAUUACCAAUGAAUUACGAAUGAAUUUGUUAAUUGGCACCAGUAAGGUCAGGAUGACGAAGAGGUGAUUGAAACAUAACGAAAGAAACAAAUCAAUUUACUCGUGGGAAUACGCAUUACAAUUAUUAUUGAUUAUUUACUAUUAUAAUUUCUUUUUUUUUUACAAUAAAUAGGCAUGAAGACAGGAGAAAUAAAACGGGAAUGUGAGAUAAGAAAUAUCGCCUGAGCCCAAAUAAAUAGGAUUAGGAGACGAUGCGCGAUUGAUUCUCAAAAUAAUACAGCCUAGAACUUUAAUACUAGUUGACCAUAAGCAAGUAAAAAAAAAUAAAAUCACGAGAAUGAAAUAUUAUGGCCAGAUGAAUUGAACAAUUUGCGUUUUUAGGUUUUUUAUAAUGUUUACCGAAGUGUUUUUUGAUCUUUCAGAACGUCUAGACUAGCGUGAGUGUGUGCGAGAAUUCAGUGAACAUGAUUGCACGGUGAUUAUUGUCAUAGAACACGGGAAGACAGUAAAAUGGGGGGAUAGUAGGAAAAAAAUGCAAUGAUUGAAUAGUAAUACAAAGGGGUAAAUUGUUCGCGGCUGUUAUUUUUGUAUGGUCCCCCAACACGGGUCCCGUCUCAAAUAAGUAUAUACAUAAUACAUAAAAGAAAGUUGAAUGAAAUGAGAAAUGAAGAUGAUGCAAAACAUACACACACUUAUGAACGUUCGCUGUCUGGAGGAAGAAUAAAUCAAUGAAAACAAAUUACAUCAAGUCAGAGUAGCCAAAUUAAUUAUUAUUACUGGUGUGUGCAUUGAUAUCCGUCUUGAGGGAGGAUGGAGAUACAGGUUAUUGAUGGGAGAACGUACGUUUUAUGUUUUUUUUCUCUGUCGCAUGUAAUUUUGCGGUUGAACGCGAUUAUUCCUGACAAUGAAUGUGUUUCUUUUGUACAGCGGAUAUUGUGAUUCCCCAAUGAUGGAAAUAAUAACGAAAUGAAGAAAUUAA